AUGGCAACGGAAUGCGAAGUUUGUUUCUCAACGACAGGAUGCAAAUAUAUGGAAGUAUUCACCGAUGCAAAUAGACAUAUUGUAGGAAUUAUAGCGAAACAUCUAUGGUUUGAGGUAGAGCAAUCGGCAAACAACAACAGCUGGGUGUGUAUUAAAUGCUGGGAUGCUUUGCAAGAAUUUCACAAAUAUUACUGUGAGGUUGAAACCACCCGACAACAAUACAACCGGGCGCUGAAAGAUAAGGACGAUGAGGAUGUAGCCUCCGGUAGCAUGGAACCGAAGUACAACACCGAAUUCUUCGAGGUGAAGGUAGAACCACUGGAACUGUGCGAUAGCAACGACCAAGAUGAUGAAAAACCAUUGCAAUGUGCUUUUGUAAAAUGUGAAGAAUUGAUCGAAAUCGAUCCUACCGCUCUGACGUCGGACGAGGAAGCUAUCCAGGGCAACAAGUCAGACUCGUCAUCUGCUGAUGAUAUUAAACUGAGGAAAAAAGCGAAAAAGCUCCCUAUCGACGAAGAGGCAAAGCAAAACAAAUCUAUCGCUCAGAAGGAGGAGGAUGAAAGUUUGAUAAGCUUCUACAAACGGAUAGUCUGUGAAGAGUGUGAUAUUAAGCGAAUGAUCGUUGGUGAGCCACAAAUCGAUUUCGGUACAUGGCGCGCUCUAUUGCGACACACCAAGGAGAUCCAUAGGCACGACAAAGUGUACGUGAAAUGUCCGAUGUGUGAUUUGAAGUUGCGAACGAAACAAACUCUCAUACAGCACAAGGAUUGUCACGAAAAUCCGGAAAAGUACCGCUGUGUACUGUGUAAUGAGAUACACCAGAACAUGAAGGAGCAUUUGCAGAAUAAACACCAGGAAAGGCAGUUCUGUUGCGAUAUGUGUGGUAAAAAGUUUCCGUUCAAGAAGCGGCUAACAGUGCACAUGAAGAAGAUGCACGUCGAGAAGGACAUCAUUUGCGACCAGUGUCAAAAACCUUUCACUAAAUACACAAUCGAAGAUCAUAAACGAUCUGUCCAUUCGGCGCGAUUUGUUUGCGAACACUGUCCGAAGACGUUCAACAGUCGUUUCCGUUUGCUGCAGCACAUGGAGGAGCACGAUGAAAGCCUUCGGAACUCCACCUCCGUGCCGUGCACAAUAUGUGGGCAGGUGAUGCGGGACAAGUACAUUCUAACCAGGCACAUCAAGCUGAUGCACACCGUACAACCGUCGGUGAGCUGUACUACAUGCGGGAAAACGUUCAAGUGCAAACGCAAUCUUUCGGUGCACAUGACAAACGUGUGCAUGGAACCGACCCGCCUGUUUCCUUGCACCAUCUGCGGCAAGGAGUUCCGGCGAAAGAAUAAACUAAAAGAACACAUGUCCACACACACUGGCAAACCGGUUUACAAGUGUUCGUUCUGUCCAGAGACUUUUCGCCAGGAUACGCACCUGUACUACCAUCGGAAGAAUGUACACUAUGAGCAGUGGCUGGAGAUGCAGCAGCAGCGCAAAGAAGGUGUACGGUUUAAAUUGACUGAGCUAACGUAA